AAUCUUCAUACGGGCGAACUGGCUGCUGUAAAAAUAAUCAAGUUAGAGCCUGGAGACGACUUUUCAUUGAUACAACAGGAAAUCUAUAUGGUUAAAGAAUGCAAACAUUGCAACAUUGUCGCCUAUUUUGGGAGCUAUCUCAGCCGUGAAAAGCUGUGGAUAUGCAUGGAAUACUGCGGUGGGGGAUCCCUCCAAGAUAUUUACCAUGUAACAGGCCCUCUGUCAGAGUUACAAAUUGCGUAUGUAUGCAGAGAAACUUUACAGGGUCUUGCUUAUUUGCAUAUGAAGGGCAAAAUGCAUAGAGAUAUCAAGGGUGCAAAUAUUCUACUAACAGACCAUGGAGAUGUCAAAUUAGCUGACUUCGGUGUAGCUGCAAAAAUAACAGCCACCAUUGCGAAGAGGAAAUCAUUUAUUGGUACCCCUUACUGGAUGGCCCCAGAAGUCGCGGCGGUGGAAAAGAACGGUGGAUAUAACCAGCUCUGUGAUAUCUGGGCGGUUGGCAUAACGGCGAUUGAACUUGCAGAGCUUCAGCCACCCAUGUUUGAUCUUCACCCGAUGAGGGCUUUGUUUUUAAUGUCAAAAAGUAAUUUUCAACCACCGAAGCUAAAGGAAAAAGCAAAAUGGUCAUCAACAUUCCAUAAUUUUGUCAAAAUAGCACUUACAAAAAAUCCAAAGAAGAGGCCAACAGCAGACAGACUCCUUUCUCAUAGCUUUGUAGGACAGCCUGGUCUUUCAAGAUCUUUAGCGGUUGAGCUGUUGGACAAAGUUAAUAAUCCUGACAACCAUACACACUACAGUGAAGUUGAUGAUGAUGAUUUUGAGCCUCACUCUGUUAUCCGCCAUACAAUUCGUUCUACGAACAGGAACAUUAGGGCAGAAAGAACGGCAUCGGAGAUAAACUUUGAUAAGCUGCAGUUUGAGCCCCCUCUAAGGAAAGAAACAGAAGCUCGAGAUGAAAUGGUGGUGGCAGCUGGCACUGACUUUGCUUCACAUUGGAAUCCUUUUGUUGAUGGUGGAAGCAGCAAAUCAACACUAAAGCGAGCAGGGCCACCUCCGCUACCUCCCAAGCCGAGAAUAAACAGUUAUCCUGAGGAAAACCUCCCAGAUGAUGAGAAAUGUCAGACAAUAAAACAUUUCCCAGACUCACAGAACAGAGCCCCGCCAGCUCACAGGAGACAAAGUAUUCCUGUUUGUGGGCCUCAGACUGAUUCUUGCCCCGUUGGCAAUGGGGAUGGCAUGCUAAAACUCAUUGAAGAAAAUGCAGAAGGGUCUGGACAAAUCCCUCAGCUGCCACGUAAAAAAGAGAAAAGAGAUUUUCCUAAGCCGGCGAUCAAUGGUUUACCACCAACGCCGAAGGUGCUGAUGGGAGCGUGUUUUUCCAAAGUCUUUGAUGGUUGUCCUUUGAAGAUUAAUUGUGCAACAUCAUGGAUACAUCCAGAUACUAAAGAUCAGUACAUUAUCUUUGGCACGGAAGAAGGUAUCUAUACUUUGAAUUUGAAUGAACUUCACGAAGCAACAAUGGAACAGUUAUUUCCCCGAAAGUGCACCUGGCUGUAUGUUAUCAAUAACACCUUAAUGUCCUUGUCAGAAGGGAAAACGUUCCAGCUCUACUCCCAUAAUUUAAUAGCUUUGUUUGAACAAGCCAAAAAAACAGGAUUAGCUGCUCAUAUUCAAACCCAUAGGUUUCCUGACAAAAUAUUACCAAGGAAGUUUGCCUUAACGACAAAGAUCCCUGAUACAAAAGGAUGCCACAAAUGCUGUAUAGUACGAAAUCCGUACACAGGACAUAAGUACCUGUGUGGCGCGUUGCAGUCUGGAAUUGUUCUACUACAGUGGUAUGAGCCAAUGCAGAAAUUCAUGUUAAUAAAGCACUUUGAUUUUCCUUUGCCAAGCCCUUUGAAUGUGUUUGAAAUGCUAGUGAUACCAGAGCAGGAGUACCCGAUGGUCUGCGUAGCUAUCAGUAAGGGUACUGAACCAAAUCAGGUAGUUCAGUUUGAGACAAUCAACUUGAACUCUGCGUCUUCAUGGUUUACAGAGAUUGGUGCAGGCAAUCAGCAGUUAGAUGCCAUUCACGUAACACAGCUGGAAAGAGACACUGUCUUAGUCUGCUUGGACAAAUUUGUGAAAAUUGUGAAUUUACAAGGGAAAUUGAAGUCAAGCAAGAAAUUGGCCUCCGAGCUGAGCUUUGAUUUCGGCAUUGAGUCAGUGGUGUGCCUUCAGGACAGUGUGCUGGCCUUCUGGAAACAUGGCAUGCAGGGCAAAAGCUUUAAGUCGGAUGAAGUUACCCAAGAGAUAUCAGAUGAAACCAGGGUUUUCCGCUUACUGGGAUCAGACAGAGUGGUAGUGUUAGAAAGCAGGCCAACAGAAAAUCCGACUGCACACAGCAAUCUCUACAUCUUGGCUGGACAUGAAAAUAGUUACUAA